AAACACAUUAAAGACGAAACGCGUCGAGUAAUUACUGAUACCAUUUCAAACGCGUCAUCUUCUAUCUCAAGUAUGAAAACGAGGCGUUUAGACGCCUUUGUAAAGCUGCACGGCUUGUCCACGGAACGUGACACAAACCGCGCAGUAAACGCGUUGAAAAAACCGCGUUUUAGCGAGUGUGAGCUAAAAAAAGCUUUCUUGUCUACGUGUAAAUCUUUAAAAAAUAAUAUACGCAUGAUUCCUAUAUUCAUGACCGGAACUGAUGAAUAAAAAACUCGAACGUACACACGCAUGCAUGACUGUUUCUGCUAACUAACCUUUAACUGUUUUCCUUUUUUCUCUUUACUGUUUAGAAUUGUUCAUCCUCCUGCUCUUAUUGUGCGUUGGCACACACAUUGUUAAAAGUGUUUGUGUUAUUAAUCAGUCGUGUCGUGCUGUCUAUGCUGCCAUUUAUGAUCGUGAUAAAUGUUCAGGUAUAUUUGGUACAAAUUCAUGUUUUGCUAAAAGAGUUAAACCUGACAGUAAAGAAUGUUGUGAUGCUGGUAACAAAGAUUGUCGUUAUGGUACAGCUGAAGAUUCUCUCUACUGGAUUGAUUGCGAUACAGAUAGUCGUGGUAAGAAGAAAGGCGUUGGACAAGCUAUCGUUGCUUGUGCACUAUGUAAUAUUAUUAUUAGUAACGAAGGUUUAAUUAUUGUACAACCCGAAAGAGAAAAAGAAAAAACGAUUGCUGUUUAUUCAUGUAAACAUAUGGAAGAAGCAAAUAGUAGACCAAAAAGAUGUACAAAAAAUUAA